UUAAGAAAAGAGGGUCUCAAUCGGACAUGGUUGAGUAGGCAACAUCGGUGCGGCUUGGAAACCACCUGGUCUGGAAUAACCUGAUGGAAAUUGGAGGACGGAGGCCUUGCGAAGUCCGUUUCGAGGAGGUUUUCAUGGAGCGUUGAGAUUAUUAUGAUGUGGUGGCUUGCCUUAAUGAUGUUUACACCUCCGGCUUUCCCAUUCAUCGUGUUCGUGUGCAUGGGUUUAUCCGAGGCGCUUCAUUCCUACGAUGCGCUGCCUUUAAUAAGGAAAUCUCGUGAAAUCGCCGAAGAGCAUCUAAAUAAGAGCGCCAACGGGUUUCCAGUGUACCUGCUCAGUACUGUCGCAUUAACACCCGCGCCCACGAUCGCUUCCACCAGAAAACCGAUAAAUGUCGCCGCACCAGCAGCCACCACCAUUGAACCACCAACAACAGACCCCACCACCCCAUCGCUGUCUAAUCCCAGCUAUGUGGGCGCAUUUGAUCGGAGAAAGCCCAGUUUUCCUGAAACGCGGAUGAAAACGUCGCAGAUAUUUGAUAAUAAAGCCGAGAGAUCAGGCGCCGUGCCCUAUCUCAGGACAACAUCUGACAAUUCUCAAGAGCUAGUGUGUAACUGCAGUGGAGAGGGCGUGUCAGACCCUGACGAGUGUGACCGUGAGACGGGUCAGUGUGAUUGUAUGCCGGGAUACACUGGGCUGGACUGUGAGGAGUGUGAGGAAGAUCACUUCACCAACGGCACAAUUGGAUGUCUCCCCUGCGCAUGCGACUCAUUUGGCGCAGUCAGCUCAAGCUGUGACAGUUCAGGUACGUGUGUUUGUAAGACAGGUGUGUACGGGCCCAAGUGUGAUGACUGCCACCCUGGAUUCUUCCACUUCAGCAGCACAGGAUGCCAGCCGUGCCAAUGCAACCACCAUUCAACCUACUGCCACCCACAGUCAGGUGUUUGUUUGGACUGUCAGAACAACACUCAGGGCCACAACUGUGAGGAGUGUCUCCCCAAUUUUUACCGCCUUCGUGGCGAGGAGUUAACGGAGGGAUGUCUGCCCUGUCCCUGCUCCUCCGUGAGCUCCACCGGCAGCUGCCAUCUUGAUUCUAGCAGGCGGCCUGUAUGUGACAAAUGUAAGCCUGGCUUCUCUGGCCCGACAUGCGAUGUGUGUAUAGAUGGUCUCUUCAAAUCGUCAGGUGUGUGUGUGCCCUGCAACUGUAACGGGAAUGCGGACCCUCGCUCCAGGCCUCAAAUAUGCCACCCCGAGACCGGGCACUGCCACCGUUGCAUCAACCACACAUCGGGCGUACACUGUGAGAUCUGCACCCGUGGCUACAUAGGGGAUGCCCCCUCCCACAACUGCACCAUAAGAGCUGUGAGAAUCCUCCCAACUCAAGACAUCAAGUCCUCCACUGCUGAAAUCCCCAAAUCCACACGUCCUAUUCCUUCUACACCUCCAUUCCGCCUCCCCACUUCCUCUUCCCCCACCACCACCACCCACCCCAGCCUCCCGACCCUGCAGUCUGGCACUGGAGACUCCGCAGGACACAACAGCACAGCCUCUGCCCUAACUGUGGUGUCCUGGACGCAGUUUAACAUCAUCAUUCUCGCUGUCAUCAUCGUCAUCGUCGUCCUCCUCAUGGGCUUCGUCGGGGGCGUGUAUACGUAUCGUGAGUAUCGGAAUCGAAAACUGAAUGCCCCGUUUUGGACCAUUGAGCUUAAGGAAGAUAACAUCAGCUUCAGCAGCUACCACGACAGCAUCCCGCAUGCUGACCCUAACGGACUAUUAGAGGAGGAGCCAUGCGUGGUCGCAGCCAAUGGGCAGUUAGCACUGGCCACUGCCGCCAACAUGUACAAAGCGUGAAAUAGUUGGUAUGAUUAUAUCUGCUCUUAAAUACGAUGAUUAGGGAAAGAAGGUAGCCUUGCUCUGGGAGCCAAAGCUAACUUCUUUAUUUAUUUCUACAUACUAUUUGGCUCCCUGUAAGGUCCCAUUGCUUCCUGUGUGAUAUCCUCAUGCAACCUGAUCUUAAAAAACAUAUUUCUUGUACCAUUUGGAGAUUGGAGAGGUCUCUAUUAAAUUCAAGACAAGCCAUUAACAUAUUACUUUAUGGUAGCCCUUAAACACACAAAAAAUUAAUCAUUUGCCAGAACAUUAUGUGCUGCCUCUUAAAUGAGCCUCUAAGGGUUGUGUGUCUGAGUUAGAAAAGACAGAGGCAAUGAAAGAGGCAAUGAAUUUAAGAGACCUUUGGACCAACACAGCAAGAUAAUGACACCUAAUACUACUGUCUGUAUAGAAAGCUCACAUGUUUUUGAGACAAUUACUCUACUUUUAAAAGCAGACAGGGAUACGUAUGGAACAGAGGACAAUUACAUACGAUUUUUACACAUCCAUACAGCUUUGCUCAGAAAAGAAUGGAACUUACAUGUUCAAAAUGAACAAGACUUUUGUAAAAGACACCAAGACUGCAAAUCAGGUGAUAUUUGUUAGGGAGGAAACUUCUGACCCUGCAAAGCAUCUGUCUUUGAAUGAGACUAUUUCAUACACACAUCAAAGGCCAUGCUUUGGAUUUCUAUGGAAUGCAGUCUUUGUAAUACAGCGUCCCGUUUCUUGCCACGAUAAGAGGAAAUUCCUGUUACAGAUUGGUACCAAACCAAACAUGCUACAUAACAGACAUACCUGGGCUACUGGUAACACUCGCACCUGUUUCAGCCUUAUUGUGUUUGUGUGCAUGUGAGUGGGUGUUUAUGUGUGUGUGGGAGAGACAGUGUUGAGUGUGGAGACAGUUUCAGUUCUAACUGUGUAGAGCUGGAUUCUACACAGGAAUGUACAAGCCUUUGUGAGCAUGGAUAGAUUCUGCUGCAUAGUUUCGCAAAUAUAAAUGUUUGACACAAUAUUGUAGACACGAAAGCCAUGUAAGCGUAAAAAGACACAGGAUGUGUGUAUUCAGACUUUUAGAAGACAUUGUGAAGGAGAGACUGUGUUUGGGAACCUAUAAGGUACAGCAGUGGACACAAUGUGUUUUUUCCCCCUCCAUUUGUCUACAAGGACCCUUUUAAAUGUGAUUCAGGAUCAUUUUGAUGAUUUGGACAAAGGACUGGUCUUUUGUAUUGAAUUAUUACAUUUUUUUUUUUUUAUUAUUAUUAUUCUAGUUGAUCAUGUUGACUACUAUUUAUUUAUCCUUUGUGUUUUGUCUCUGUGUUCUUAUUUUAUUGCUGUUUUGUACAGUGUACCAUACUGAAUGCAAACUCUGUAGGCCGAGUUGUGAGCACAACCUCAAUGACAAGACAUGUUGGUAGUCUUAUUUUCUCCUCUGAUUUUCUUUCUAUUUAUUAAGUCAGGUUAAACAUUAAUAACUCACUGUAUAUGGGAUGUCAGUGGAAAAUACUGUAUUUUCUCAGUCCUGAGUGGUCAAAUGACAAAUUAAAUUAAAGGAUUACUGAAUCAAAGUACAUGCAGACAUGAGACAGUAUAUCAAGACUUUUAGAUUGAAUGAGAGUGAAUGGAGUACUUUAACAGACAGUUUGCA